UCGUUCAACAGUCGAGUUCUCUCAUUACCGCAGUUUAUCGGUAAAUUCAGUGUUGACAGCGCACUCGCAGUCAAACAACACUAUCAGUGAUCAUUUGUGAUUAGUGAUUUGUGAAAUCAAAUAAAGGAUAUAAUCAUGCAGAUGCACGAGCAGAUGAUGGUUGUCGAUGGACAGGAGCAACCUAUUUCCAGAACUUAUCAGUACAGAAAGGUGAUGAAACCAAUGCUAGAACGCAAGCGUCGGGCUCGCAUCAACCUCUGCCUUGAUCAGCUGAAGGAUCUGAUGGUGACAGCUUUAGCUGGGGACGGUGAAAACGUGGCCAAACUCGAGAAAGCCGAUAUCCUCGAGCUGACAGUACGUCAUCUUCACAAGUUACAACGACAGCAACGUCUCUCGGCAAAUCCAGUCAUUGAUUCUGAUCGUUUUCGCGCUGGUUACACACACUGUGCCAACGAGGUUAGCCGAUGCCUAGCAGCAACACCAGGAGUUGAUGUUGCAUUGGGAACAAAAUUGAUGACGCAUUUGGGACACAAAUUAAACUCAAUGGACAAGACUGGACCACUGACUAUUCACGUGUCAGCACCUCAAUCAUCGCCGUCGGGAAGCGAAUCAUCGAUGACCGACGAAUACUCAAUGCCAUUGACACCUGCAUCAAGUCAGGCAUCACCGUCAGCCGUCCGGAGUGACGUUGACCUGAGUUUGACCCAUCAGGGACUGCUGCAGGUUGCCAAACCCACGGAGGCGGUCUGGAGGCCGUGGUAGAGUGUCUACCAUCUACCAUGAGAGGAAAGGAAUCGAGGGACUUUUGUCCAACAGACACUUCUCGGGGGGAAAUUCAUUCCGAUAUUUGUGAUGACACGAUAAAUCAACGAGGUCUUCAAUAGAGUUUACGUUAUUGUCAGAAGAGACUAUCGAAAGUGUUGAGAAGAAUGAUAAUUAUUCGUUGAUGUUUUAUCAUGUUUGUAACGAGUCACCGACUCGAUAGAUCAUUUUUUUUUUUGAUCGGGAUUUUUUUUUAAUUAGGAGAGGGUUAAGACACGAUCUCGACACGACACAAGGCCACGGUAACUCGUGCCAAGUGUUUCAAGCUUUAAUUUACUCCAGAGUUUCAUUUUUUUUUCUCUUGUCGAUUUAAUAAUUGUUUAACGAUGGAUAACGAUUUAUCUGUUCUGGCGGUUUAACUGGUUAAUUGAUAAUUAAUGUGCAAUUUGAGAAUUUGACUUUGCUCGGUAGAGUUUAAUGUGGACGCCAGAACGUUUUCAAAUGAGCCUCGUCUCGGUCUUUUUAUUAUAUUUCAUUGACGAUGUAUCAUUAGAUCCUUGAUUAGGAGGAAAAUUGUCAUAAAAAUUGUUUGGAUUUAUGACCGAGCGGAGGAUCUUGUGAUAGAGAAACAUGUACCUGUGAUAUUUACUAUAGCAGAUGUGCUAGUAAAUGAUUAUUAGAUUUAUAAAAUAAACAGAACGAUUUUUUUAAUAA